AUGUCUGAUCGCACUGUCCUUAUCACCGGCGCUACCGGCCUCCUGGGUCGUGAGGUCGCUACAGCGUUCGGCCUCAAGAACUGGAAUGUCAAAGGCACGGGCUAUUCUCGCGCAGACGGAAUCAAUACUUUCAAGGUCAAUUUAAGCAAUGAGACGGAAGUGGGAGAGUUUCUGGAUGAGACCAAACCACAAGUUAUUGUCCACUGUGCUGCUCAACGGUUCCCAGACAAGGUCGAUAAAGACCCGGAAGGUGCCCGUGAACUCAACGUCGCUGCGAGUAAGGCACUCGCUAAGCUGGCCGCGGAUAGAGACAUCUUUGUCAUAUAUAUAUCAACUGACUACGUGUUCCCCGGCACGCCGGGGGAUGCUCCAUACGAAGCCGACUCCAAGCCUCGGCCUACCAAUCUUUACGGCCAAACGAAGCUGGAUGGUGAGCGGGCCGUCUUGGACACACUGAAGCAGGCUGGAAAGGAGGGCCUAGGUGUCGUUCUUCGAGUUCCUGUCCUCUAUGGGAACGCUGAGACGCCAGCUGAGAGUGCGGUCAAUGUUCUCAUGGAUGCACUAUGGAAGGCACAGACACAGGGAGCUGAAAUUAGCAUGGACCACUGGGCAAUUCGAUAUCCUACGAACACAGAAGACAUCGGUAGGGUCUGCCACGAUAUUUCAAUCAAGUAUCUCGAUACUCCAACUAAGGAGAGAUCUUAUCUUCCUCAAGUUCUCCAGUUUUCAUCAGAGGAUCGAAUGACGAAGUAUGAGAUAGUGACACUAUUUGGUGAGAUAAUGGGCCUGUCAACGGAAGGGAUUAAGCCCAACACGGAAGGGAAUGACCCAAAUGCCAGUGUACAGCGACCUUACGACUGCCACUUGAGUACAAAGGCGCUGAAAGAUCUGGGAAUUGAUGUUUCAACCUGCGACUUCAAAGGCUGGUGGAGACGUGAGGUUCGCGCAUUUCGCAAGUAA